GGAACUGAACACCAAGUGCGUGGUAGAGAUGGAAGGGAAUCAAACGGUUCUGCACCCUCCUCCUUCUAACACCAAACAGGGAGAAAGAAAACCUCCCAAGGUAUUUGCCUUUGAUUACUGCUUUUGGUCCAUGGAUGAAUCGAACACUGCAAAAUAUGCUGGUCAGGAGGUCGUUUUCAAGUGCCUCGGGGAAGGAAUUCUUGAAAAAGCCUUCCAGGGGUAUAAUGCUUGCAUUUUUGCAUAUGGACAGACAGGUUCAGGGAAAUCCUUCUCCAUGAUGGGCAAUGCUGAGCAGCUGGGCCUUAUUCCCAGACUGUGCUGUGCUUUAUUUCAAAGGAUCUCUGUGGAGCAAAAUGAAUCACAGACCUUCAAAGUCGAAGUGUCCUAUAUGGAAAUUUAUAAUGAGAAAGUUCGGGACCUUUUAGACCCCAAAGGGAGUAGACAGUCUCUUAAAGUGAGAGAACAUAAAGUUUUGGGACCAUACGUAGAUGGUUUAUCUCAGCUGGCUGUUACAAGCUUUGAGGAUAUUGAGUCACUGAUGUCUGAGGGAAAUAAGUCUCGAACAGUAGCUGCAACCAACAUGAAUGAAGAAAGUAGCCGCUCGCAUGCUGUGUUCAACAUCAUAAUUACACAGACGCUUUAUGACCUACAGUCUGGGAACUCGGGAGAGAAAGUCAGUAAAGUUAGCCUGGUAGACCUGGCAGGCAGCGAAAGAGUAUCAAAAACCGGUGCUGCAGGCGAGCGACUGAAAGAAGGCAGCAACAUUAACAAAUCACUUACAACUUUGGGGUUGGUGAUAUCAUCAUUGGCCGACCAGGCAGCUGGCAAGGGUAAAAACAAAUUUGUGCCUUACCGAGAUUCCGUCCUCACUUGGCUUCUUAAGGACAAUUUGGGGGGCAACAGCCAGACCUCCAUGAUUGCCACAAUCAGCCCAGCUGCCGACAACUACGAAGAGACCCUCUCCACAUUAAGAUACGCAGAUCGAGCCAAAAGGAUUGUUAACCAUGCUGUUGUCAACGAGGACCCCAACGCAAGAGUCAUCCGAGAACUGCGGGAAGAGGUGGAGAAACUGAGAGAGCAACUCUCGCAGGCUGAGGCAAUGAAGGCACCAGAACUGAAGGAGAAGCUCGAAGAAUCUGAAAAGUUGAUCAAAGAGCUAACAGUGACUUGGGAGGAGAAGCUGAGAAAAACGGAAGAAAUUGCACAGGAGAGACAACGGCAACUUGAGAGUAUGGGGAUUUCCCUUGAGACAUCCGGCAUCAAGGUGGGGGACGAUAAGUGUUACUUAGUCAACCUGAACGCAGACCCUGCUCUCAACGAGCUCCUGGUUUAUUAUUUAAAGGCUCAUACCAGGGUGGGUGCAGAUACCUCUCAGGACAUACAGCUCUUUGGCAUAGGAAUUCAGCCGGAGCACUGUGAAAUUGACAUUGCACCUGAUGGAGAUGUUUCUCUUACCCCAAAAGAGAAUGCAAGAUCCUGUGUAAAUGGCACCCUCGUGUGCAACACCACCCAGCUCUGGCACGGCGACAGAAUCCUGUGGGGAAAUAACCACUUUUUCAGAAUUAAUUUGCCUAAGAGGAAGCGGCGAGACUGGUUGAAAGAUUUUGAAAAAGAAACGAGUCCAUCAGAGCAUGACUUGGACGCAGCCAGUGAAGCGUCCUCAGAACCAGAUUACAACUAUGAGUUUGCACAGAUGGAAGUGAUCAUGAAAACGCUGAACAGCAAUGACCCAGUUCAAAAUGUGGUUCAGGUUCUGGAGAAGCAGUACCUGGAGGAGAAGAGGAGUGCCCUUGAGGAGCAGCGGCUUAUGUACGAGCGGGAGCUGGAACAACUCCGUCAGCAGCUCUCCCCUGAGAGGCAACCCCAGAACAGCGGUCCUGACCGCCUGGCAUACAGCAGCCAGACAGCUCAGCAGAAGGUGACACUGUGGGCAGAGGAAAGGGAUGAACUCUUCCGACAAAGCCUGGCAAAACUACGAGAGCAGCUCGUGAAAGCUAAUACGUUGGUGAGGGAAGCAAACUUCUUAGCUGAGGAAAUGAGCAAACUCACAGAUUACCAAGUGACACUUCAGAUCCCCGCUGCAAACCUCAGCGCCAAUAGAAAGAGAGGGGCAAUAGUGAGCGAGCCAGCUAUCCAAGUGAAAAGGAAAGGGAAGAGCACCCAAGUGUGGACCAUUGAGAAGCUGGAGAAUAAAUUAAUUGAUAUGCGGGAACUUUAUCAAGAAUGGAAGGAAGAGGUCCCAGAGGCAAAAAGACUGUACGGGAAGCGAGGUGACCCUUUCUAUGAAGCCCAAGAGAAUCACAACCUAAUUGGUGUGGCCAAUGUGUUCUUGGAGUGUCUAUUCUGUGACGUGAAACUCCAGUAUGCUGUUCCCAUCAUCAGCCAGCAGGGGGAGGUUGCAGGACGUCUCCACAUGGAAGUGAUGCGUGUCACAGGGGCUGUUCCAGAACGCAUGGUGGAGGACGACUCCUCAGAGAACUCCAGUGAAAGUGGGAGCCUGGAAGUCGUAGACAGCAGCGGGGAAAUCAUUCACCGAGUCAAGAAGCUGACAUGCCGGGUAAAAAUUAAAGAGGCAUCUGGGCUGCCCUUAAGCCUUGCGAAUUUUGUCUUCUGUCAAUACACAUUUUGGGACCAAUGUGAGUCCACAGUGGCUGCACCCGUGGUGGACCCGGAAGUGUCUUCUCCACAGUCCAAGAAUGCCCAGUGCACAGUGCCUUUCUCUCACUGUAAGGACUAUGUGGUGAAUGUAACAGAAGAAUUCCUGGAGUUCAUUUCCGACGGAGCAUUGGCGAUUGAAGUGUGGGGCCACCGGUGUGCUGAAAAUGGCAGCUCUGUCUGGGAAGUUGAUUCCCUUCACGCUAAGACAAGGACACUGCAUGACAGGUGGAAUGAAGUGACUCGCAGAAUAGAAAUGUGGAUUUCCAUAUUAGAACUCAACGAGUUAGGGGAAUAUGCUGCAGUGGAACUUCAUCAGGGAAAGGACGUCAACACAGGAGGCAUCUUUCAACUAAGACAGGGUCAUUCCCGUAGAGUUCAAGUAACAGUGAAACCUGUACAGGAUUCGGGGACACUGCCUCUUAUGGUCGAAGCCAUCCUGUCGGUAUCCAUUGGCUGUGUAACAGCCAGGUCUACCAAACUCCAAAGAGGGCUGGACAGUUACCAGGAAGAAGAUUUAAACUGUGUGAGAGAGAAGUGGUCUGAUGCCCUCAUUAAACGCCGAGAAUACUUAGAUGAACAGAUUAAAAAAGUCAGCAAUAAAAAAGAGAAAACAGAGGACGAUGUGGAACGGGAAGCCCAGCUCGUGGAGCAAUGGGUGGGGCUGACUGAGGAGAGGAAUGCUGUGUUGGUGCCAGCACCAGGCAGUGGCAUCCCCGGGGCACCCGCCGACUGGAUCCCGCCUCCUGGAAUGGAAACCCACAUACCAGUUCUCUUCCUUGAUUUGAAUGCGGAUGACCUCAGUGCCAAUGAGCAGCUUGUUGGGCCCCAUGCAUCGGGUGUGAACUCCAUCCUGCCCAAGGAACAUGGAAGCCAGUUUUUCUACCUGCCCAUCAUAAAGCACAGUGACGAUGAGGUUUCAGCCAUAGCCUCUUGGGACUCCUCGGUGCAUGAUUCUGUUCACUUGAACAGGGUCACACCCCAGAAUGAAAGGAUUUACCUAAUUGUGAAGACCACAGUCCAACUCAGCCACCCGGCUGCGAUGGAGUUAGUCUUGCGAAAACGGAUUGCAGCCAAUAUUUACAACAAACAGAGUUUCACCCAGAGUUUGAAGAGGAGAAUCUCAUUGAAAAAUAUCUUUUAUUCCUGUGGUGUCACCUAUGAAAUAGUAUCCAACAUACCAAAGGCAACAGAGGAGAUUGAGGACCGGGAAACGUUGGCUCUCUUGGCAGCAAAGAGUGAAAAUGAAGGCACGUGGGAUGGGGAGACCUACAUUGAGAAAUACACACGCGGUGUACUGCAGGUGGAAAACAUCCUGAGCCUUGAGCGGCUCCGCCAGGCCGUCACUGUAAAAGAAGCGCUUUCCACCAAAGCUCGGCACAUGCGGAGGAGCCUGAGCACUCCAAAUGUUCAUAAUGUCUCUUCAAGUCGACCAGACCUUACUGGCUUUGAUGAAGAUGAUAAGGGUUGGUCAGAGAACCACUUAGAUGUGUCUGACUACAGCUCCAGUUACCAAGAUAUAGCAUGUUAUGGAACCUUACCCAGGGAUUCACCUCGCAGGAGUAAAGAAGGUUGCACAUCAGAGAAUCCUCAUGCCUUAAUGGUCAGCCCUUUUAAAGCAUUCUCUCCUCAGCCACCAAAGUUUUUCAAACCCCUCAUGCCUGUAAAAGAAGAGCAUAAGAAAAAGACAGCUCUUGAGACCAGGCCUCUUCUAAGCCAGGAGGACUCAGAAGAGGAGGAAAAUGAGCUGGAAGCUAUGAACAGGAAGUCGAUAAGCUCACAGCCUUAUGUACCUGUGGAGUUUGCUGACUUCAGUGUUUACAAUGCUAGCUUGGAGAACAGGGAGUGGUUUUCUUCUAAAAUUGAUUUGACAAACUUACGGGCCUUGGAGAAAGAAGUGUCCCGUAGCCCUACCACCAGCAGUAUUACCAGUGGCUACUUUUCCCACAGUGCCUCCAAUGCCACUCUGUCUGACAUGGCGGUCCCUUCUAGUGACAGCUCAGAUCAGCUGGCCAUUCAGAUGAAGGGUGCAGAUGCCCUUGAGCUGAAUUCUGCACUAUCACUUGUGCAUGAGUACAGACCGGCCUCGAACAAAGAGCUGACGGAACCAGAACGAGGCUUGGUAAAGGAUAAAUUAAUCAUGGUGCCACUCAAGGAAAACAGUGCCUUAGCCAAAGGGAGCCCAUCAUCCCAAAGCAUCCCUGAGAAAAACUCCAAAGUACCUUAUAGGACUGGCUCCUGUUCAGAACUCGAGGUCUGCCCCAGCAAAAAUGGCCCGCCGGCCAGGGAAUUUCCCCCCAGGGAGGUGACGGUGGAACAUACCACAAACAUCCUGGAAGAUCAUUCUUUCACAGAGUUCAUGGGUGUGUCCGAGGGAAACAAUUUUGAUGGUUUGACGGAUUCUUCUGCUGGAGAACUUUUGAGAAGGAAGAACCUACCAAACAAAACUGACAGUAAGGGUAUCUCAGAUGGACUGCAGGACCCUGGCCAAAUGCAUUCCGCAUCAGACAGUGACCAGGGGACCACAGCGACUGCAACUGCGCGGUGAGGGCAGCGAGCACUUCAGACCAUUGCUCGGCGGCCAUCUUUGUUCCACUGGCCAAUCACCAGCUCCAUCUUUAAAACAUGCUGCGACCCAGCCCAACUUUAGACCAGCUCUGGCUUGGAGAAGCAAGCCCACAUCCGUCCCCCUUGCAAAUGGGGCAAGUGGCACUUUGUCACUUGGUGAAUCGACAGCCUGUGCUUUUUCCAGAAAGCAAGAGAACCGAAAAUCCUGGAUUCAUUGGCAGUAUUUUUGUUUGCACUUCCUACACACCCCUACUGUGUAGAAACCUCCACAUAUUUGAACGAGUAGUCUUUAUUCUUCUACGACUUUAAUCAAUUCUUACUGUAGACUCUGGAGUUUAGUACUCUAAUUUUUUAUAUAUAUAAAUAAUAUAUAUAAUGUAUAUGAAAUGUGUAUCUAUAGUUUGUCUGUCUGGAGACAGACAUGGCUGCACACUAAAAUGCAGGUAAAGGUGAAUUAUAGAAAAUUAUAAGGUACUGGACUUUGUUACAAACCAACAUGGGCAAUCUCUUACAUGCAAACAGAUGGAUAAUAUUCUAUUGCAUAAGAAUGAGGUUGCACUCCCUCUUUGCAGAAAAGGUUACAGAAUGCUGUUCUUUAUAACCAAAGAACUUACAUAAGACUGAACGUUUUUGGUGUCCACUCUUGUUUUUUUAUGUGUGUACAUAAAUGUUUGACUGCAAGUUUGGUGCCAUACUUCGCUUGGCUACUGAGCCACGCGCUGCCGUUCUCUGUCCUCUGUUUCAUAAGCACACUGAAAAAUUUCACAAUUAUAUUCUUUGGUCUUCCACCUGGCUGCCACCUGCUGACUUGACCUUGUAUUAUACCUUUUGACAAUGCCUGGGGCUCCCCUUCCUGUAUCUCUCAGUACAUUGGUGCAGCCCAGCCAGGCAGGUAGAAUGCAGAGAACAGUAUUACUGUAAGAAAACAAAAAGACAUACCAAGAGUUGGGUGGGAAGGGGGUAGGGUAUUGAUUUGGGGACUUUUUGCGUGUUUUUUGUUUGGGGUUAGUAAAAUGGUGUGGUGUGGUUCUGCCAUUGUUGUUAUUUUUACUGAAUUCUAGACAAUGUGGGAGGAGAUGGGUUGAGCUCUUCACGGGUGUAUACUUAGUUGUGUCUGCAGGAGAUAAUGACUAUAGUUGACCCUGCCCUGCUGUCCAUGGCUUCAUUUGUAAAAUUCUCCUACUGAUGGUGAUGUGGGAGGAUUAUGUGUGUGGACUUUAUGACACAAGUACUUUCUGUAUGUGUUCUGUAGAUGCCUGUACAAUUGUGGGUGUACAGCUAUAAAAUGUAUCGUGCGAGCGAGCGGGAGUACAGUUUGCUGUACCUUUUACCUGGAAGUUCCUAGCAUCAGUGAGGAAGACAUUGGAGACCUUAAUGAAAAGCUGCUGUUCAUAAUUUUUGUGUAUAGUGAGCUGACUGUAGUAUUUUACUAUUGUCUGUUUAAAGAAAGAAAAAAAAGCUGUAAUUUAUAUCCUUUUUCAAUUUUAUUGUAUUUAAUUGGUACAGAUUUUUGUGUGUUUUAGAAUACAAAUGGUUUAAUUCAAAAUUUAAAACCAUCACUUGUUGGUCUUUAAUAACUCUGCCAUUCGUUUCAGAUCAAAUUCUAAUUUACCAUAUUU